AUGGAUUUGGAGGCAGGCUCCGCAGACUACGUGGUCUGCCCCUGGCUGACCUUGCUUUCUGGGUUUGGAACUUCUUUCCUUGGCCAUGCAUCUCACAUAGAGGCCGCUCCUUUCAAGGCCCCUGAACUGCUACAGCGACAGAGCAACAGCGAGCAGCCUGAUGUCCCUCAGGUAAGGCACAUGGCGUCUCCUCUGGGGGAGGCCGGGCCCUGGUGUCUGUGUGAACAGAUGUUGUUACCUCCCGAGGAGCAUGAUGCUGGAUCGUACGCAUCUUGUUCCCAGCGGGCAGCAACCAAAGCCGACUUCCACGCUGAAGAUUUCAUCCCAGCAAGUCUGAUCGAGAAGAUGACUGCUCAUGGGAGCCAGGUCCCUGUCUCAGCGAUGCGCCGCCACGGUCCCCUGCUGGGGAGAGGUGGCCAGGAGUUCCUGAGGGUCACUCAGCAGCUUCCAGAAUACGGUGUAUUGGUUCACCGAGUUCUCCCAGAGAAGACAAGCUCGGGAGAGAUGGCCUUGGGGAUCUGGGCCAAGGGCCUCAUAAUAUAUGCAGUGCAAAACAGCAGCAGAAUUGCAACUGUACGAUUUCAGUGGAGAGAAAUUGGGAAGAUUUCAACUUAUCGAAAGAAGUUCACCAUCACAAGUAGCAUCAGGGAUUUGGCCAAGACCUGUAAAUAUUUGCUGGGCCUCUGCUCUGCCCAGCAUGGCUUUCAUGCUCAUAUGAACACUCCCCAAGUUGCAACUGACUAUGGUGGGUGUGAGCAAGUGGCCAAUUUGAGUCUUGCCCAUCUGGCCCAGGCUGAGCCUGUCACUUGGAUUCAGAAAGCUCUGGUUGCAUCCAGGCAGGAGGACCCUGCAGGAGGCCUGCUGGGCACGUCGCUGGACAGCUUCACUGUGGACACUGGCGAGGAGACGGGGGCCACCAGAAAUCGGAGGCAGCUGGGUGUUGGUGGAAACCCAAGCUAGGAGAAGAAUAGCACAGCCAAUUCUGGGGUCUUCUCUCCAGACAGCCUGAGCCCUGGGCACCAGAGCAGUUUUUCAUCACACACACAAGACCAGAAGAGAAAUAUUGAAGAACUAGAAAUGGCUGAAACUCAGAGCUUACUGUCCAGGUGGAGGCCUCAGCCAUGUGCUCUCCCAUUAAAGGGUUCAGGGACCUCCUGUCCUCCAUCACUUUCAGAAACCAAUGCCAGUGGAAUCUACUUUGUGGAACUGGUUAAAGAAGUUGGAGGGAUCUACAUGAAAUCCAUCCUUCCUGGAGGACCAGCUGCCAAGGAAGGGCCGGUCCUGCAGAGUGACAGACUCCUGCAGGUAGACGGAAAAAGUCUAAGUGGCUUCGCCCACAAGCAGGCCGUGCAGUGCCUCAAGGGCUCUGGGCAGGUAAGGGCACCCUCACUCAUUCCUGGGAGAAAGAGGCCCAGGACUGCACAGCAGUGUCCUUCUGUUAAUAGCAGGACGGGCGUUGAAUGCACGGCUGUUUCCUUGGCAACAGCCUUGCCUGGCAGGCCUGCAAGCUGUGUCUCGGUGACAGAUGGUGUGAAGUUUGAAUUCGAACUGAGGAAGACUGCUGGUGGUGUGGGAUUCCAUUUUGUGCAGAUGGAAGAGAGCUGCAGCCACCUCAGUAAUGAUCUUGUGAGGAACAAGCGGCUCUUCCCAGGGCAGCCAGCUGAGGAGAGAGCCAUCGCAGCUGGUGGCAUUAUCCUGGCUGCAAAUGGAAAGCCCACGGACGUCCUCUUCCAGGCGGUGCUCCAUUUACUGCAAGGGGUCUCGGAAGUCACGCUCCUGCUUUGCCCCCCUCCGGGGGUCUUGCCUGGGAUGGACCAGGGCUGGCAGGCAAGAUGUGAGUCCUUGCCCCCAGAAGAGUACCCUGAUAGUGAGCGAGAAUGGGAGGACGGAGAGGAGCUCACAGACCCAGGUGAUGGCGCCCUCAGGACGAUUCAGUGCUACCCUGCCGCCUCGCGCUCGCUGGUGCGCUGCCUGUGA